CAAAGAGUUGCAGAAAGAGCCAUGGUCAUCCACUGGCUUCUCUUGAAAGUUGUGGUGCUUGGGGCUGUAUUGGGUCCAUACCACAAUCCCUUAGCAGCAGAAGCUGCUGAUUACUUGCGGAAACCCGAAUGCCAGAGCACUUGCGGAAACCUCUCGAUUCCAUUCCCCUUCCGAUCGAGUGACAGUGGUCCCAAUUGCCCUAACGUUCCUUCUUCAUUUGCAGUGGAUUGCGACCACGCUACCGACCCUCCAACGCCUUAUUGGUAUAAUAAAAGUAGUAACUUCAAAGUACUCAACAUCUCUCUCGAGGAUCACGAGAUGCGAGUAGCCGCGACCAUCGCUCGAGACUGCUAUACCUCUGCUGGGUACGAUGGGAAUUCAAGCGCCGUUCCCGAGCUCACCCUUGCUGAUUUCCCCAUAUCCAGCACCAAGAACAAGUUCAUUGCUGUCGGUUGCGAUACUUUCGCGUACUUCGUGGACAGCAAAGAGAAAUUCAUCUUUGGGUGUAAGUCGGCAUGCAAUAACAUUUCCGAAGUGACUAAUGGCUCAUGCUUGAGUAUCGGUUGCUGCGAGACGAGCGUACCUCCCAACUCAUUCGGCUACGAUAUCUCCUUUGGUAUCGAUAAUAACCAUAGCGAAGUCCUGAGUUUCAACCCUUGCAGCUACGCUUUCGUCACAGCGAGCGAUUUCUACAACUUCAGCACUGGUGAUCUUUCGGGACUUCAUUUCAACAACCCGCCGCUAGUUCUUGACUGGGCAGUAGGGAAUAUAACGUGUGACGUCGCCAAGCGGAGCGCGGGCUACAUGUGCACCAACAACACCAAUUGUACCAAUGCUGAAAACGGAAAGGGGUACAAGUGCGCUUGUUUAGAAGGUUUCCAUGGCAAUCCGUAUCUCAAGAAUGGUUGUCAAGAUAUUGACGAAUGUGCUGUUCCAAAUAAGAACCAGUGCUUUAAACGCUCUGUCCCUUGCUUUCCCGAGGGUGAUCAUGGUGAUGGCUGGAAGGAUGGGCAAGGAUGCACUGCUAAUGCUAAUCCAUCACAUUUGGUGCAGAUUCUUGUCGGCGCUGGCGCAGGGACAAUAGUGUUGUUGCUAUUCAGCGCAGGCUUUCUGUAUCUGGGAAUCCAAAAGAGGAAACUCAUCAGGCUCAAAGAACAGUACUUCAAGCAAAACGGUGGCUUGCUCUUGCAGCAACAAUUGCACGAACGUGACAGGACCACCAACACCAUGAAAAUCUUCACAGCCGAAGAGCUAGAGAAGGCCACGACCAAUUACGACGAGAGCAAAAUAGUCGGCCGAGGUGGAUACGGUACCGUAUACAAAGGGUUGAUGCCAAACCGCACGGUUGUCGCGAUCAAGAAGUCCAAACUCGUGGACAAGACCCAAAUCGAGCAGUUCGUCAAUGAAGUCAUAGUGCUUUCUCGGAUUAAUCACCGUAACGUGGUCAAGCUUUUGGGAUGUUGUUUGGAGACCGAAGUGCCUUUGUUAGUGUAUGAGUUCGUGAACAAUGGAAGUCUGUUUGACCACAUCCACAACCCCGACAAGUCCGCUAAGAUGUCCUGGGAUGCCCGAUUGAGAAUUGCUUCGGAUACUGCCGGUGUCCUUUCGUACUUGCACUCCGUGGCUUCUAUUCCCAUAAUCCAUCGCGACAUCAAGUCGGCAAACAUCCUACUGGACAACAAUUACACCGCGAAAGUUUCUGACUUUGGAGCUUCGAGAUUAGUCCCACUUGGUCAAGCCGAAUUGUCCACUCUAGUUCGGGGGACAUUGGGAUACUUGGACCCUGAAUACUUGCACACAAACCAACUGACCGAAAAGAGCGAUGUUUACAGCUUCGGGGUUGUGCUAGCUGAGCUGAUAACCGGGAAGAGGGUGCUUUCUUUUGACCGACCCGAGAAAGAGCGGAGCCUGGCAAUGCAUUUUCUUUCUGCAUUGGAAGACAAUCGAUUGUUCCAAAUUGUCGACGGAGUGAUUGCAAAUGAAGGGAACAACGAGCAAGUGAGGGAAGUUGCCAAUGUUGCAAAGAGAUGCUUGACAGUAAAAGGAGAGGAGAGGCCGACCAUGAAGGAAGUGGCGAUUGAGCUGGACGGACUCAAAGAGAAAUCUAGUCAUCCUUGGAUGAGUAGCGUCGAUUUGCACGGAGAAGAGGCGCUUCCUCCGCUGGGAGGGACGACGUACCCCAGUGUGUACAUAGAUAGUAUUGAGACCAUGAACACUGGGCCCUCGGAGAGCAUGAUACACGAUGUCAUGACACCCGUUAAUAGUGGCAGAUGA